AUGCUGCUGGGCGGCCUCCUCCUCGCCGUGGCCGCCGUGACUGUGGCCCAGCGGAGGGCAGGAGGCAACCGGGCGCCGGGAGCACCAUCCAGCACGGCCAGGUGCAGCUACACCUUCGUGCUGCCCGAGCCUGAACCCUGCCCACCCAGACCCGAGGGCCUUCGGGGCUCCAACAGCCUCAGGCUGCCCGCUGCCCGCUGCACUGAACCCUGGGGGGACUGGCCGGCCCAGCAGUGCGACAGCUGGAGAAGGUGCUGGAGACAGCAGUGGCUGCAGAAGCUAGAAAGGUACAUCCAGAUGAACUUGAGGUCAGAGCUGGCACAGGUCCAACAGCACAUGGUCCAGAACCAGACGGCCACCAUGCUGGAGCUAGGCACCAGCCUCUUGAACCAGACCACGGCCCAGACCCGCAAGCUGACUGAUGUGGAGGCUCAGGUCCUGAACCAGACGUCGCGCAUGGAGAUCCAGCUCCUGGAGACUUCGCUGUCCACCAACAAGCUGGAGAAACAGCUGCUACUGCAGGGUCACGAGCUGCACCGGCUGCAGGGCCGCAACAAGUGGGCACCAGCAUCCUGGCACGGGGCCGGGGACAGGGCUGGGGAGCGAGGGCCAGCCCGGGACCCACCCUCCGUGAGGGCAGCUGAGCAGGUGUUCCAGGACUGUGCAGAGAUCCAACGCUUCGGGGCCAACGCCAGUGGCGUCUACACCAUCCACGUGGCCAAUAUGACGGAGCCCAGGAAGGGCUUCGGCGACCCGGCAGGGGAGCACUGGCUGGGCAAUGAGGUGAUGCACCAGCUCACCGGCCGGACAGCCUACUCCCUGCGUGUGGAGCUGCAAGACUGGGAAGGCAACGAGGCCUACGCUCAGUAUGAGCAUUUCCAGCUGGGCAGCGAGGGGCAGCUGUACAGGCUUUCUCUGAGCGGAUACAGCGGCUCAGCAGGGCGCCAGAGCAGCCUGGUCCUGCAAGGCACCAACUUCAGCACCCGUGAUGCAGACAAUGACAACUGCCUCUGCAAGUGUGCCCAGAUGCUGUCUGGAGGAUGGUGGUUUGAUGCCUGCGGCCUCUCAAAUCUCAAUGGUAUCUACUACGCGGCUCACCAUCACGUGCGCAAGCUCAACGGCAUCCGCUGGCACUACUUUCAAGGCCCCAGCUACUCGCUGCGGGCCACCCGCAUGAUGGUGCGUCCCGUGGGCGUCUAA